AUGACUAACAUCUCUUCUUCUUCCCCAUCCAACGGUGACGACACUUCGUCAACGACGAACCAAACCCCUUAUGUGGCGAAAAUCAACUUUCAUUCUGCUUUCGCCAUUACCAACGUCAAAAACAUAAUACCAGUGACGUUGGAUAAUGACUCGGAUAUCUAUCUCUCUUGGUCCACUCUAUUCACCGUGCAAGCGCAUUUUCAUAAUGUGUUUGAUCACAUCAUACCACCUAUUGACGAGCAAGCUCGUGCUGAGGCAGCCACCGUCAAAGCCAACGAUCCCGACCUUUGGAAUCGUCUAGAUGCCGUUGUGUUGCAUGCUAUGUUCAAUGAUAACAAGCACUCACGGCCCGUUCAACUUGAAAACCAGUUUAGCAAUACCAAUCUAGCAGAUUUUCACUCCAUCAAAGCCUAUUGCAACCGUCUCAAGCUCCUCUCCGAUCAACUUGCAAAUGUUGAUUCUUUAGUCACAAAUACUCUUUUGGUAUUAAAAAUGAUCUCUGGUAUCACUGAGGCUUAUGUCGGGUUCGUAACAUACAUCCAACAACACGAUCCUUUUCCAACCUUUGCAACCUCAAAAUUAAGACUUGAACUUAAAGAAUAUACGAUGCUUCAGCGAGCUGCUCGUGACUCUGGUUCUUCCUCCACUCCAGCCGCACUCAUGGCCAAAACUACACUGUCAAAUGAUGAUGUUCCUCGCCAUUCCUCUCCUGGUUACACUUAUCAAAACUGUAACCCACCAUCUAACACCUCUCGCGGAAACCGAGGCAAAAAGAACAACCGCAACAAUACUAAACAAGGAGGAGUCCUUGGGCCAAGACCACAACAGGCUGCUUACAAUGUUAAUGCACCCAGCCCAACUGAUAUUGAAACUGCUUUACACACCCUCAAUCUUGCUCAGCCUGAUCAAUAUUGGUAUAUGGACACCGGAGCCACUUCUCAUAUGUCAUCAUCGCAAGGAUUUUCUGACGGGGAUGGCUCUAAUGAGAUGUGA